GUAAUUUUUAAUUUUUUUUGCUAUUUAUAAUACAUACUUUAAUCAAAAGUCUAAAAAUAACGUGACCUGCGGAAAAGAAAUUCUGAGGCGACAGAGGGACAAGGUGACAGCAGAAUAGAAGUUGUAUCCCGUGCUCUCCGCGGUUGGAUGGGUUGAUUCUUGUUUAGCUGAUUUGAGGCCGGAAGAAGAAGAAAGAAAAUGUCAGAUUUGAGAAUGCCUGAUCCAAGUAGGCUGCACUUGAAGAAGGAGCUGACUCAAAUCCGGAAAGCUGCUCGAGUUUUGCGAGAUCCUGGGACCACUUCUUCUUGGAAAUCCCCUAUCAAUUCCUCUAGAUCUGUAGCAGCAGCAGUAGCGGCAGGUACAGGAUCGACUUCUACUUUUACUGCUUCAAGAAAUCAUUUAGGUAGUGAAAGUUUAAGUAGGUCAAAUGGGAAUGCUCAUUUGGAUUUAUCUUUGUUACCUUUUAGAGUUGAAAGCAAUGGUCAUGGUCGUAUUACUAAUAGUAAUGGCAAUGAGAAAGAUAAGAGGGUUUUCCUUUAUAAUUGGAGGAGUCAGAAAUCUUCAUCAGUAAAUGUGGAUGAUGAUGGGGAGGAUGAUGAUGAUUUUGAUGAUGGGGAUGAUGGGGAUCAGUCCUCUUCUUGGAUUCAAGGUAGCGUGGAUGAAAAUAGCUUGAGCGAUGCCAGGAAAUGUGGGGAUUCUAAAAGUGAUACCUGUUUGGGUGAGAGUCGAUCUGCUUCAAUGUUGUUCAGGUGUAGAGAUGCCAAUCUCGUCUCAUUGGUCACACCAUCAGCCAAAAGAAUGUUGGGGGCCAACAAGAAUAGUAAGAAAAAUGGUUCCAAUUUUGAUGUUUUUUCUAGAUACGAACAAAAAAAGAAUGGUGUUAAUAGAAAUUCAGUUUACUCCAGAAAAUUGCUCAAGGCUCAUCCUGCAUUGGCUUUAAGUUUAGGAAGGGAUGAUUCUGUUGAUCAAUCUGAUGACACUGAAGAUUAUAGUAAUUCCGAGGAUUUUCGCAAGAUAUCAGGGGCAUCUCCACUGCUUCUCAAGCUCAAGCCUAAGAACUGGCCACAUCCAUCCUCUAGGUUGUUGAAGGCUGACAGAAAGGAAGAUUCUUCUUAUUCUUAUAGCACUCCUGCGUUGUCAACUAGUUCUUAUAACAAGUAUUUCAACCACAACCCAAGCGUUGUUGGCUCAUGGGAUGCGACCACGACUUCAUUGAAUGAUGGAGAUGACGAUGUGGAUGACCCUUUGGAUUUGCCAGGUCAGCAAGGAUGUGGGAUUCCUUGUUAUUGGACAAAGAGGACCCCAAAGCAUAGAGUGGUUUGUGGGAGUUGUUAUUCUCCUUCUCUCUCUGACACUUUAAGAAGGAAAGGAAGUAGCAUUCUCUGCGGAAGUCAAUCCAUGUACCAUAGACAUAGACGAUCAUUAUCACUUUCCAAUAAGCGGAAAAAUGCUUUGAGAAGCGCUCAAGGUGUUCUCCCAUUGCUUAGCAAUAGUGCUGAUGGAAGAGGCGGGUCAUCCAUUGGAACCAGGUGCAGUGAUGAUGAGCUCUCUACAAACUUUGGAGAGCUUGAUUUAGAGGCCCUGAGUAGAUUGGAUGGAAGGAGAUGGUCAUCAAGCUGUAGGAGUCAAGAUGGGUUAGAGAUUGUAGCUCAUACUGGAGAAGCUGAGGAGGAGGGUACGCCAGAAAAUAUUAAGAGCUUAAGUCAGAAAUACAAACCAAUGUUCUUUGAUGAACUGAUUGGGCAGAAUAUUGUGGUACAAUCACUUAUGAAUGCUGUUUCAAAGGGAAGGAUUGCCCCCUUUUAUCUUUUCCAAGGUCCCCGUGGGACUGGAAAAACAUCAACUGCCAGAAUUUUUUCUGCUGCUUUGAAUUGUCAGACUACUGAUGAUGAUAAGCCUUGUGGCUGUUGUACAGAAUGCACUGAGUUCACUUCUGGGAAACGCAGGGAGUUUUGGGAAUUUGAUAGCACCAAUAGAAGAGGAAUUGAUAGAGUUAGGUAUCUUCUGAAAAGCCUGUCAACGGGGCUUGCUUCAAGUUCAUCUCGAUAUAAGGUUUUUGUUAUUGAUGAGUGCCAUUUGUUGCCCUCUAAGAUAUGGCUGGCAUUGCUAAAAUUCCUUGAAGAUCCUCCACCACGUCUUGUGUUCAUAUUCAUAACAACUGAUCUUGACAAUGUUCCACGUACUGUGCAAUCACGAUGUCAGAAGUAUCUCUUCAACAAAAUAAAAGAUUGUGAUAUCAUGGCCAGGUUGAGGAAGAUGUCUGCUGAUGAGAAUCUUGAGGUUGAAUCAGAUGCAUUAGAUUUAAUUGCAUUGAAUGCAGAUGGUUCACUUCGUGAUGCAGAAACAAUGCUAGACCAGCUAAGUUUGUUGGGUAAAAGAAUCACUGCAUCUCUUGUAAAUGAACUUGUAGGGGUUGUUUCAGAUGAGAAGUUAUUGGAACUUUUGGAAUUAGCAAUGUCAUCUGAUACGGCAGAAACAGUGAAAAGAGCUAGAGAGCUGAUGGACUCUGGGGUUGAUCCAAUGGUUUUGAUGUCCCAAUUGGCCAGCCUUAUUAUGGAUAUCAUUGCUGGAACUUACAAUAUUGUUGAUUCUAAGUACAGUCAUUCAUUCUUUGGUGGACGAGCUUUGACUGAAGCAGAAGUGGAGAGGUUAAAAGAUGCUUUAAAGCUUCUUUCAGAAGCUGAGAAACAACUAAGGGUUUCAAGUGAACGCUCAACAUGGUUUACAGCUACUCUGCUACAGCUUGGUUCAUUGCCUUCACCGGAUCUGUCUCAGUCAGGCAGCAGCCGGAGGCAGAGCGCCAAGACAAUUGAGGAUGACCUGCAAAGCACUUCAAGGGAAGCUAAAGCUUACAAGCCAAAGUCUGGAACUCAGCGUAUGCCUUGGAAAUCAACUACUGCAUCCUUACAGAAAUCUGUGAAUGGAAAAUCCACUCGUCAGGGAGAAUUAGUGUCAAGGAUUGAUGGUUAUGGUUCCAAUUCCAAAACUUCACGUGGUCGAUAUUUGGAUGGUAGUGCCACACCUGCUGCAUGUGACAAUAGUCUAAAUGGAAAUAUGAUACUUGCCUGCAGAAAUUCUGAAAAAUUAGAUGAUAUCUGGGCAAAGUGUAUUAACAAGUGCCACUCAAAGACACUGAGACAGCUGCUACUUGCUCAUGGGAAGCUUUUGUCUCUUGCUGAAGAUGAAGGUGUUCUAAUUGCAUAUCUAGCAUUUGCGGAUGGAGAUAUCAAGUCGAGAGCUGAGAGGUUUUUAAGCAGUAUUACAAACUCUAUGGAAAUAGUGAUGAGACGUAAUGUAGAAGUUCAAAUAAUUCUCUUGGCUGAUGUUGGGAUUUCUUUAAAUCAUGCAAAUCCAGCUGAGAUGCUGGAAAAUCUGCAGCAGGUUGAAACUGCUGCCGGAAUUGGAAGUGAAAGAAAGGCCAUUCCUAAGAAUGUACUAGAUGGUAUUUCUAGUUUAGACUUACAUCAGGAGUCGCGUAAGGUAUCCAAGGGAAGUUUUAGUGAUUUGGAAGGUAAACUGAGAGGAGUACAAGAUUGUUCUAAUUAUUCUUCACAAUCUAUUGUGAGAACACCUGAAUUACUUGCUGAAGGCAAAGAUGACAUUGACAGCUCAAAGGAGUGUAGGCAAGAGAUUCCAAUGCAAAGAAUUGAAUCCAUUAUACGUGAGCAAAGGUUAGAAACUGCUUGGUUACAGGCUGCUGAGAAAGGCACUCCUGGAUCAUUGACUCGGUUGAAGCCUGAAAAGAAUCAGGUUCUGCCUCAAGAGGUCUAUCGUCAAAGUAAUUUGGGAUCAAUGGAUUCAGCAGCAUUCUCCUCUCAGCAAUGGGAUGAGGAACUAAACAGGGAGCUUAAAAUUUUGAAAACAAAUGAUGGACAAGAGAUUCAGAAGGACCAGCUAGGUAGAAGGGCUGAUCAUUAUCCCAUGUCUCCCAGUUUGCUGCACAAUAGCACUUUAAGCAAAGAAAACCUUGGAUAUGAAUCUGGGUCAGGAACCGGAGGAUGCAGUGGGCUUUUCUGUUGGAAUAACUCGAAGCCCCGGAGAAGGGCGAAGGUCAAGGGAACACCAGUUCGAUCGUGCAGAACUAGACGAUUUUCAUUGUUUGGCGAGUGUGGGAAAUCAAAGAAAAUACAAAACAAAUGUAGAAGGUAAUCUAGAAUGUUGAAUCUAUUGGGUUUCUUGAUGUCAUUUGUUUCUUUUAGAUAUAAAUAUAUAAAAUAUUUAUGUAUUUAAUUUUCCUUUCAAGCCAUGUGAGGUUGAUGAUAGGAAAGUUGAUGUAAAGUUUCUGCUGGAAUUUGGCAAUUGUUUUAUUUUAAGCUUCGAUCAUAUUUUUUACGGGUGAAUAAGAGAUUAGAGGGGAAGUGUAGAAGCUUCAGAAAAGACAUAUCCAUUGAGACAUGCUGUAAAACGACCUUUUAAAUUUUUCCAACAGGUUUUGGUAUUUUGUUUUUUA